CGAAAAAUACGGGACUUUUCUUUGAGUAGAAAAAUUGGGCGCCGAACGGACGGCAUCGCAAGAAAUUCCCCCCGAUUAGUUAAUGCCAGCAGUGGUCUGCAUUACUGAAGUUCCGCUAAUUGAAACGCCAAGAUGUCGCUAGUGGACAUGGGAAAAAAGCUGCUGGAGGCAGCUCGAUCAGGACAGGAUGACGAGGUGCGGAUCUUAAUGGCUAACGGAGCACCGUUUACAACAGACUGGCUGGGGACCUCGCCUCUUCACCUCUCGGCCCAGUAUGGCCAUUACUCAACCACAGAGGUGCUGCUGAGGGCAGGCGUGAGCCGGGAUGCUCGGACCAAAGUGGACAGAACCCCCCUGCACAUGGCGGCUGCAGAGGGCCACACCCGUAUCGUGGAGGUGUUACUGAAACACGGCGCUGACGUCAACGCCAAAGACAUGCUGAAAAUGACCGCCCUCCACUGGGCCACAGAGCACGGACACCGCGAUGUCGUCGAGCUCCUCGUCAAGUACGGCGCCGACGUCCACACGCAGAGCAAAUUCUGCAAAAACGCGCUGGACAUCGCCGUGGACCAUGCCAAUGAAGAGUUGGCAGAGAUCCUGCAGGUGUCCAUGCAGAACCAAAUUAAUACGAACCCAGAGAGUCCAGACACGGUGACGAUACACACAGGAACCCCACAGUUCAUCAUUGGCCCCGGGGGCGUGGUCAACUUCACCGGCCUGGUUUCUACAGGAAAUCCCUCCAAGUCGACAGUGGUGGCAACGGAGGAGGUGGUGACCGCAGACUCGGUGGACGGUACCAUCCAGCAGGUCGUCAGCUCAGGGGGUCAGCAGGUCAUCACUAUAGUAACAGACGGCAUCCAGCUUGGCAACCUGCAGAGUGGCAUCGGCCAGCCCAUUAUUGUGACGAUGCCAGACGGCCAGCAAGUGUUAACAGUCCCUGCCACAGACGUUGCAGAAGAAACCGUUAUAAGUGAAGAGCCAACAGCAAAACGGCAGCGCAUUGAGUUUAUUGAAAAUCAUGUGGAAAGCCCGGAAUUUGAGGAGAAGGAAGCCCUGCAGAAGCAGCUGGAGGAGGCAAACCGCGAAGCGCAAAAAUACCGACAGCAGCUUCUGAAGAAGGAGCAGGAAGCAGAAGCUUACAGACAGAAACUGGAGGCCAUCACGCGCCACCAGAGCGGAAAGAAAGCCGCGUGAGCCGCCGCGCCUCACAAAGGACUUCCGCUGACCAGCCGCGUCUCAGACAGACCGAUCACGCGCUCAUACCGCUAAACACGACCAGACUGGCGCUUCAGGAAUAUACCAAUUACAGAAUGUCAGAGACCAGAAGAUUCUAGAUCUGGGUCGAGAAGGAAUUCCGGUCGGGAACCUCUGCCUAUGGCUGAGGGUUUAUUGUUUUCUCUUUACCGUGGAGCUCUAAAGGUGCUCAUACGGAGAUGGACUUUUUGGGGAUUUGCAUUGCUCUGUAAAUAAUGUGGGCUGAAUUUUGAAUUUAAGUUUGCUGUAUGUUUUUUAUAUACAUUUUUUUUUACCAUUGGUGCGAAAUGAAUUCAAACUUUGCACUGCACUUCUACUCGGAAGAUAAAAUUGAUUUCCUUUUUUCCACAGACUGACACAUUACUUGUAUUCUAGAAAAAAACAUAUGCAUUCUUUGUAAAUAGUAGGCCUAUUUCUGAAACCAAAAAAAGUCUAUUCCUACUUGUUUUGCAUUGAAAUUGAUGAUGAUGUGAUUUCUGAUAAUGUAGGAUGUCUGAUUACAAACACUACAUAAACAGCCAAUAUUUUAUGUUGUCA